GGACGAUUUCCUUCUCCGGCCGCAGAGGGGCCGCUCUGAGCGCCCUGGAGUUCCAGUGUCUCGGGCAGGGCUUCCUGCAAAGGCCUUGCUGCUGCUCUUCGGGUAUAAUCCAGGAGGGAGAUGAUGGGGCUGCAUCAUCUGACGUCCUGUGCCCAGGACACAGUGACCUUCUCCGACGUGGCCGUGAGAUUCUCCCCGGAGGAGUGGCCGUACCUGGACGACUCUCAAAGGAAGCUCUACAGAGACGUGAUGCUGGAGACCUACCAGCACCUGCUGGCCAUAGAGCACGGACCACCCGUUCAGGAUUUGGCGUUUCAGCAAUUAGCUUUUGGAAGCGGAUCUCCAAAUAGGACUGAGAUGGGAAACAACGAGCCCCGGAGGGACGGGGGUGAUCCUUUGCUUUGGGAGCCAUCCUGCCUGCACCCUGAUGGAAAUGAGCACUCGGCGGGGGGCAUCUGUUGUGGACGGCCUGACAAGCACAUUCCCCAUGGAGUUGAGCCACCCAAGUGUAAGCAGUGUUGGGGGACCUUUUCAGAUGCUGAGCACCAUGAUGAGCCCUUGGACACCCCCAGUGUCCCACAGGAUCCCGCUGACUGUCAUCAAGGUAGACAUCCGUCACGCCCAAGUGACCCUAAGGAAGUCCAGACACCAAAGAAACGUCAUAAAUGUCAGGAGUGUGGGAAGGCCUUCUUUCGAUCCUCACACCUUUCUGAACACAAGAGAAUUCAUACAGGUGAGAAACCUUAUACAUGUCAGGAGUGUGGGAAAGCUUUCUCUCGAUCCUCAGUACUUUCUAUUCACAAAAAUACUCACACAGGACAAAAGCCUUAUAAAUGUCAGGAGUGUGGGAAGGCUUUCACUCGAUCAUCUGCCCUUUCUACGCACAAGAAAAUUCAUACACGAGACAAGCCUUAUACAGAUCAGGAGUGUGGGAAGGUCUUUAAUGACCCCUCACACCUUUCUUGGCAUAAGAAAAUUCAUACAGGAGAGAAACCUUACACAUGUCAAGAGUGUGGAAAGACCUUCACUCGAUCCAAAUCCCUUUCUGCUCACAAGAAUAUUCAUACAGGAGAGAAACCUUAUACAUGUCAGGAAUGUGGGAAGUCCUUUGCUCGAUCUUCAGUCCUUUCAACACACAAGAAAAUUCAUACAGGAGACAAGCCUUACAAAUGUCAGGAGUGUGGGAAGGCCUUCAUUUCCCACUCAGUCCUUACUGUGCACAAGAAAAUCCAUACGGGAAUCAAGCCGUAUGUAUGUCAGGUAUGUGGGAAGGCCUUCACUCGAUCCACAAACCUUUCUGACCACAAGAAAAUUCAUACAGGAGAGAAACCUUAUACAUGUCAGGAGUGCGGGAAAGCCUUCUCUAGAUCCUCUGCCCUUUCUAUGCACAAGAAAAUUCAUAUAGGAGACAAGCCUCCUACUUACCAGGAGGAUGGGAAGGUCUUCACUGACCUCUCAGGCCGUACUUGGCACAAGAAAAUUCAUACAGGUGAAAAACCUUACACAUGUCAGGAGUGUGGGAAGUCCUUUGUUCGAUCUAAAUCCCUUUAUGUUCACAAGAAGAGUCAUGCAGGAGAAAAACCUUAUAAAUGUCAGGAGUGUAGGAAGGCCUUCACUUACCCAUUUGAACUUUCUGCACACGAGAAAAUUCAUACAGGAGAGAAACCUUAUACAUGCCAGGAGUGCGGAAAGGCCUUCACUCGAUCCUCAGGCCUAUAUAAGCACAAGAAAAAUCAUACAGGAGACAGGCCUCAUACAUGUCAGGACUGUGGGAAGGCCUUCACUUACCACUUUGAACUCACUGUGCACAAGAAAAUUCAUACAGGAGAGAAACCUUAUAUAUGCCAGGAAUGUGGGAAAGCCUUUGCUCGAUCCUCAGGCCUUGCUGCACACAAGAAAAUUCAUACAGGCAACAAGCCUCAUACAUGUCAGGAGUGUGGGAAAGCCUUCAUUUACAACUCAGUCCUCACUGCACACAAGAAAAUUCAUACGGGAGUCAAGCCUUAUACAUGUCAGGAGUGUGGGAAAGCCUUCACUCGAUCCUCAUUCCUUUCUGCUCACAAGAAAAUUCAUGCAGGACAAAAGCCUUAUACCUGUCAGGAGUGUGGGAAGUCAUUCACUCAAUCCUCGACCCUUUCGACACACAAGAAACUUCAUACAGGAGAGAAACCUCAUGUAUGUCCGCAGUGUGGGAAGUCCUUUCUUCUAAUCUGGACACUUACUCAGCACAUUCGUGUUCAUACAGGAGAGAAACCUUAUGCAUGUCAGGAGUGUGAGAAGGCCUUCACUUCCUCCUCAGCCCUUAUGAAACACAGGAAAAUUCAUUCUGAAGAGAAAUCUAGGUAGGUAAGGAGUAUGGGAAAGCCUUUACUUUCUCUUCAGAAUUUUUAGUAUGAAAAUUGUAUCAGGAUUGACUUAUAAACUGAGUACAUCAGGGAGGGCAUUUUCCUUGCACACCACAGACCAGGGUUCAAUGUCUGGCAUUGUAGGGUCCUCAAAGCCCUUCAGUAGGAAUUCCUGAAUGCAGAGCCAGGAGU